AUGGAGCAUUCCCAGGAUGUUUCUCAUUUGCAGGCACGUUCUUUGAAAGUGAGUCCUCAGCAGCCUGUGUCAACAGGACCUGUGCCACCACCUCCAAAACCCAAGACGACUCCUACAACUGUAGAUCCAACAAAACAGGCAGAAGAAAUCUUAAAUGCAAUCCUGCCACCGAGAGAAUGGGUGGAAGACAAUCAGUUAUGGAUUCAGCAGGUGUCCACCACUCCCAGUACCCGAAUGGAUGUAGUUCAUCUGCAGGAAGAGCUGGAUCUCAAACUACAGCAAAGACAGGCUCGAGAAACGGGGAUUUGUCCUGUCCGCAGGGAACUCUACUCACAAUGCUUUGAUGAACUUAUCCGUGAGGUUACGAUUAACUGUGCAGAGCGGGGACUGUUGCUGCUUCGAGUCAGAGAUGAAAUCCGAAUGACCAUCGCCGCCUAUCAGACACUGUAUGAGAGCAGUGUUGCCUUUGGUAUGAGGAAGGCAUUACAGGCUGAGCAGGGCAAAUCUGACAUGGAAAAGAGAAUUGCAGAGUUAGAAGACGAAAAACGAGAUUUGGAAAGACAAGUGAAUGAGCAGAAAGCUAAAUGCGAAGCAAUUGAAAAACGUGAAAGUGAAAGGCGGCAGGUAGAGGAGAAGAAACAUGGUGAAGAGGUGCAGUUCUUGAAACGAACUAAUCAGCAGCUGAAGGCCCAACUUGAAGGCAUCAUUGCACCAAAGAAGUAGAUUUCCUUGUGGGGCCCUGCAGCAAGAACUCAUGAAAUCUUUCUCUGAGCAAGGCAUUUGUGGUUAGUGACCCAGGUCUGUCUCAUUCAUAAAGUGAUCCUGAUUUCCAUACUUAAAGUAACUAGAAACACUGGAAUUGUAUUCCUUCUCCCCUUCCCUAUUCUAAUAGAUUAAAGUGUUUUGCUAAUUACUGAGACCUCAUUUUCAGUGACUUUUCAGCAUCCAGCUCUUUGUAUGCUGAACAUGUCUGGGAUUUGCCUCUGUGAUUCUCUAACCUAUCACUGUUAAGGUCAGACUAUUUUUAAUAAACUUUUUUUUUACAGUAGC